AUGUCAGCAUACGAGCAAGAAGACCCGAAUGACAACCGUCCGUUUGAUCAAGUCAUUUGCAAAGAUAUAAUCCCUCAAAUAUCGCCGGAAGUCUUACAACAGUGGUCGGUGAUGAGCCCAGAGAUGAUGAAGAAGAAGGAGAGAAAUGCCAAAGCUAAAGCAUGCCGGCAAGAAAAGGCAGCCGAAAAGGUGGCACAGAAAGCUGCCAGCACAAGUGCCAAUGUACUGCGCGAGUCCGACAACUUGGACUCUGAACACGAUGAUCCAAAGACUGCACGCCCCCGGAAGAAAUCUCGAACAGAAGCUCCCACCCCUGACUCUGACGCAUCAGACAUUUCUGCCUACGUUCUGGUAACUAUUCUGCUCUCCUUGACUCUGAAGGUCCCUGCUCGUGGGAAGGUAGCCAAUGCACUGCCAAAGGUUAUCCUACACGGGCCGUUCUUCUUUGGAGUCAAUACAGCAUACAACGAGUUUCUCCAGGCAAUCGCAACAGCUGUUGGAUCCAUGGUGAUGUCGAUUGGUGAGAGGAUCAAGGACCGUGUGAUUGAGGUUUGGAUGCCACCGCCGACGAAAUCACUGGAUGCUGUGCCUGUGGGCUGGUAUACAGGGACGGAGAAUCAAGUUCCUGAGGUGGACUAUGAUGAGAUAUUGAACCCGCCGCAGACAAUGUCGAUUCGGGAGCAAAUGGCUGGCCUUGAUGUUGUUGAACUAGGCGCUGACUUAGCUGCCAGGUUCUACAACGUACCAGAACGUACCGGAACCCUCUGGAACAUUCUGGUAUAUUCCAUUAUUGUACAAGGCAUAAAGCUCAUGUGGGUCAGUGACAUCAUAGGUGGAGCUCAGUAG